CAGUCACCAAUAACGUCGCUAGAGCCGCUUGUUCAUUUGGGAAAAGAUUAACUCUUUAUCUUCUGUCAGAUUGCUUUAUUGAAAUAAAUUAUAGUGAUAACCCAAUAUGGACUACGCUCUUUAGACAGUCUGGUUCCAUUAUGUGUUACCCGAUACGCUAUUAUAGAAGCGGUUUAAAUGGAAAUCGGAAUUGCAAAUGUCAAUUUUAGUUUGCUGAAUAAACCUGAAUAGGUUACGAUCCCACAUCUACUGUGUGCGAUUCCAUUCAUUUAUCACAUUUUGUGAGCUUUCGACUGAACCAACUCAACGCUUAAAGGUUUAAACUUGAAAUGCAUGAAAGUUCUUUGAAAAUUGACUUGUUCAUUUAACGGUGUGCUGGUAAACUGUUGACAUAUGGAAUAAAUGAAAGAUAUACGGUUGACAUGGCUAUAUGAAUACAUUGUGUUCUAAUAAAAAUAUUCCUGUCAGUUUUUGGACAGCACCGUUUGCAAAUGUGACAUACAACUUUGAUAAUACAGAUUGACUGUUGAUUUCAUUUUUUGAAUAAAGCAACCUGAUGUGGAUUCGUGGUUUGUGAUUUCAAUUAUGACAGUUAAAAUAUAAACCAUUAUAAAGGGAAAUAUCAAAGAUAACAAUACGGUGUUAUCUACUUGAGAUAAUAAUACGUCGUACAUUCCGAGAUUAAAGAAAGAUUAGAAGACAUGUGCUAAAGAACAUAUGAAAGGUUCAUUUUUUUCCCAAAAUAUAUGCUCGUUAUUGAAUCGACCUGAGAGGUGUAUAGGUGAAUGUUCUAAUUGUGCCUUCAAGUAAUGUAUGGACGAUAGAAAACGAGAAACCAGACGGUUGACACGUUAACACCUUAUAUCAACGUACACUUGGCGUAAAAGACACCAAUCAACAUGGCGUUUAACGUGACAUACGGGGCGUUACAGUCGCAUAACAUCAAACACCUGUACACGACACGGGAGAAAACCAUGCACCAGAAAAUUCCAAGGCAGAAAUUAUACAGACCAGAAUUUCUGGAGUUGGAGAGACAAGCCAACGAGCGCCACAAGAACAGAGCCCGGCGUCGUCCGAAGGUGAACAUGGAGUUCGUGCCGGAGUACAACAUCGACGUAGCCCGUGCGCCUGCUUUCAGGACCGCGAACAAAGAAUUCGUCGAUGAUCUUGUAGCCCGGCUAACAAAAAAGCCCGCUGUAAAAUCCAACCCGCGCGGCUGCGGCCAUUACCAACGCGGGUUCCACGAAUAUGAAUGGGAGGAGGAUAUGACGUCACCAUCGGAACCAGUGCCCGCACGGAGAAUGAAGAGUAUUCUCAAUCGUCUGACGAGACCUUGUGGGUGUGGAAAGCGUCAUCCUAGCCCUGAUUUACGCGAAGACGACUAUUUACCAAACUUUGUGAUUUGAUAUUUUGUAGGGUUAGAAAUUGUUGAUUUAUUUAUAUUGUUUUACUAUAUUUAAUUCAAUGCGAACUCUAUCUGGCCUGUGCAUAGUCAAUCGGAAUUAAUACAAGUGUAAAAAUUAUCUUUUUUAAAAUAACACACGGAAUGCUAUGAGAGCAAAGAUAGAACAUGCAUUAAAACAUUAUAAAAUGUAUAGGCAGUUAUAUGUAUAAUAACACAUAAAUGUUUAUAAAGAUCUUAUAGAACAUAUUAAUGCGUUUCAUUGAUAGUUUUAUUUAUUUAAAUGAUUGCUAUUUAAUUUUUUAAAUUUAAUUGUUCAUGUUUCAUCAGUAUUGUAUAACUGUUCAUAUCGCAUCAGUAUUAUAUGAUUAUUUUUAUAUUGUUAUUUUUAAAUUAUUAUUAUUAACGAAUUAUAGUUUCAAGUAGUUGUCGAGAUACAAAAUGUUUUGAUUUUUUUAUUUGAUUGGAAUUUUUUGCUUCCUAUCAAUUCAACAUGCAGGUUAAUUUAUUGUUUUUAAAUUAAUAACCAUACUUUUUGGUGUGGAAAAAUAUGUUCAUGUCGAUUAAACUCAUGAGCUCCAAGAUGCAAGUCAUGCGAUAAAUGGAUACUGCACGAUAAGGCGUCCUCUUAUGUUACUUCGUAAGCGAUGUGCUUAAUUUCGUAAUAAGAGGAUAUAAAUCGUAAAAACACUAUUGGUUUGCAAGACAAUCUGGGUUCGUAUUAACCCCACUUCUUACCAAGAACACUAAAUAAUUUUCUAAACAUUAAAGAUCCGUAAAUGCUCGAAAUCAAAUAAUACUUCGUAAAAUAAAUGUAACCCUUAAAUAUUCUUUGUUCCUAAUAGCAAUAGCCAAAAUAUCAACCCUAGAGUUGGUCUUUCAACAUUGAUUUAACAUGUACAAAAUGCUCGUUACUAUUUUGUGUGAGACAACAUAUUUCAUUAGAAUUUUCCGCGACGAUAUCAAUAUAUUUACCAGCGAACACAAGAUUGGCUUCGAGCAGCGUUGGAAACAUGACGUAGUUCUCAUGUUUAUUUAUUUUUUCAAAUUUAUUAAUUAUGCAAUAUUCAUAUUUACUGACUGAAAAUGACUAAGGCAUUAUGUCCACAAGCGGUUUGUUAACACAGUUAAAUCUCGGAAUUUGAUGACGGCUGCUGCAGAUUUCUGGGCAAGCUUGCAUAAAUAAUGCAUAUUAACGCAAACCGAAUGAAUCCGAUCCUGACUCGAGAUCAUCCGUACAACGAAACAAGAAGACAUCGUGACACGAUUUUUAGAUGCUAAAAGUUGCAAACAGGUUUUUAAUUAAACGUGUUAACACCAAUAUUACUUGUUUAACGGUCUUCCUAUUGUAAUAAACCUUCAUAUGGCAUUAUUUGUUGUUAAAUUUUUUUAAACAGCAUAAUAGUAUUGGACAGUGUUUACGGAUCUUUAAUAAGUGUCUUAAUGUAAAAUCUUAACUUGAUAAUUUCCCAUCGCUAAUUACAGUGUCUUUAUUUAGAAAGAUAUGUAAAUGACAUUUAAAACUAGUGUUACCUAGUAUAUAAACAACUUUUUUGUUUUAUAUUCUUAAUUCAUAAAACUAAAUAAGUGGUAAAAACAUUACGCAACACUUAGUCCUAUGGGUAUAUUAAGCAUUUAGCGAGGAACUCAGUUCUGUAUACACAAGCAAUGGUUUGAACUCGGACAUAAUAUAGAUCUUCAGGUUUUGUGUAAAGUGAAUUAAAUGUUAUAAGUGAUUUAAAAAAAUAAUUUUGUAUUUUAAGUUUGUAUUUUGUUGUUAAUGUGUGUUUUUUAUUAAACUUCUAUAAAAUGCAUAUUAAUAUACAUUUAUUUACAUUAAUAUUUAAAUUAAUAAUAUAAAUAUAUUAUAUUGAA